ACCUCCAGUUUCAGCCCUGCCCUCUGCCUCUCAAUCGGUAAGAGACGCCCAGCCCCAGCAAUUGGAUUGGGCAGCCUGUCUUGACACACCACUGUGCUGAGUGCUUGAGGACGUGUUUCAACAGAUGGUUGGGGUUAGUGUGUGUCAUCACAUUCGAGUGGGGAUUAAGAGAAGGAAGGCUGCCUGGCUGGAGCUGUGUGGUCUUCUCCAAGGGAGAGUUGCAGGCAAUAGAACUACUUGGCUUUGGGAAGAAGAGGACGAAUUCGUUUGCAGCAGCCACAAGAAAAGCAGUUGGCUCAGCUACCGAAGGCCACCCACCACCAACUGAAGAGAGUGAAUUCAGCCAAUGACAUGCAGCUUCUUCAAGGCAGAAUAAUUGCAGAAAAUCUUCAAAGGACUCCAUCUACAUGUUCUGAAUACCUCUGAACCUAGAAAUUGAUAUUUUCAACCAGGACACCUAAUUCAAGACCUCCAGAAAGCAGGAGACUGAGACGUUUUGUCAACGUUGCGACACUGGACCAAAUACAAUGAAGUAUUCUUGCUGCGCGCUGGUGCUGGCUGUGUUGGGCACAGAAUUGCUGGGCAGCCUAUGCUCGACGAUGAGGUCCCCGAGAUUCAGGGGCCGCUUGCAGCAGGAACGGAAAAACAUCCGACCCAACAUUAUUCUUGUGCUCACGGAUGAUCAAGACGUGGAGCUGGGGUCCCUGCAGGUCAUGAAUAAAACCAGGAAGAUUAUGGAACACGGAGGGGCCACCUUCACCAAUGCCUUUGUGACCACACCCAUGUGCUGCCCGUCCCGGUCGUCCAUGCUCACGGGGAAGUAUGUGCACAACCACAAUGUCUACACCAACAAUGAGAACUGCUCUUCCCCAUCGUGGCAGGCCAUGCAUGAGCCUCGGACUUUCGCUGUAUAUCUUAACAACACUGGCUAUCGAACAGCCUUUUUUGGAAAAUACCUCAAUGAGUAUAAUGGCAGCUACAUCCCUCCUGGGUGGCGAGAAUGGCUUGGAUUAAUCAAGAAUUCUCGUUUCUAUAAUUACACUGUUUGUCGCAAUGGCAUCAAAGAAAAGCAUGGAUUUGAUUAUGCAAAGGACUACUUCACAGACUUAAUCACUAACGAGAGCAUUAAUUACUUCAAAAUGUCUAAGAGAAUGUAUCCCCAUAGGCCCAUUAUGAUGGUGAUCAGCCACGCUGCGCCCCACGGCCCUGAGGACUCGGCCCCACAGUUUUCAAAACUGUACCCCAAUGCCUCCCAACACAUAACUCCCAGUUAUAAUUAUGCACCAAAUAUGGAUAAACACUGGAUUAUGCAGUACACAGGACCCAUGCUGCCCAUCCACAUGGAAUUCACCAAUGUCCUACAGCGCAAAAGGCUUCAGACUUUGAUGUCAGUGGAUGAUUCUGUCGAACGGCUGUAUAAUAUGCUUGUGGAGACGGGGGAGCUGGAGAACACUUACAUCAUCUAUACUGCUGACCACGGUUACCAUAUUGGGCAGUUUGGACUGGUCAAGGGGAAAUCCAUGCCAUAUGACUUUGAUAUUCGUGUGCCUUUCUUUAUUCGUGGUCCAAGUGUAGAACCAGGAUCAAUAGUCCCUCAGAUAGUUCUCAACAUCGACCUGGCCCCCACCAUCCUGGAUAUCGCUGGCCUCGACACACCUGCUGAUGUGGACGGCAAGUCUGUCCUCAAACUUCUGGACCUGGAAAAGCCAGGUAACAGGUUUCGAACAAACAAGAAGGCCAAAAUUUGGCGUGAUACAUUCCUAGUGGAAAGAGGCAAAUUUCUACGUAAGAAGGAAGAAUCCAGCAAGAAUAUCCAACAGUCCAAUCACUUGCCCAAAUAUGAGAGGGUCAAAGAGCUGUGCCAGCAGGCCAGGUACCAGACAGCCUGUGAACAACCUGGGCAGAAGUGGCAGUGCAUCCAAGAUCCAUCUGGCAAGCUGCGGAUCCACAAGUGCAAGGGACCCAGUGACCUGCUCACGGUCCGGCAGAGCACGCGUAACCUCUACUCUCGUGGCUUCCACGACAAGGACAAAGAGUGCAGCUGCAGGGAGUCUGGUUAUCGCGCCAGCAGGAGCCAGAGGAAGAGUCAACGGCAGUUCCUGAGAAACCAGGGCACUCCAAAGUACAAGCCCAGGUUUGUCCAUACUCGGCAGACACGUUCCUUAUCCGUGGAAUUUGAAGGCGAAAUCUAUGACAUCAAUCUGGAAGAAGAGGAAUUGCAAGUGUUGCAACCGAGAAACAUUGCGAAGCGCCACGAUGAAGGCCACAGAGGGCUGCGAGGCCGCCAGGCGGGCAGCGGUGGCAACGGGGCCGGGAUGCUGGCAGAGAGCAGCAAUGCUGUGGGCCCGCCCACCACUGUGCGAGUGACACACAAGUGUUUUAUUCUUCCAAAUGACACAAUCCAUUGUGAGAGAGAACUGUACCAAUCAGCCAGAGCCUGGAAGGACCAUAAGGCAUAUAUUGACAAAGAGAUUGAAGCUCUACAAGAUAAAAUCAAGAAUUUAAGAGAAGUGAGAGGACACCUGAAGAGAAGGAAGCCUGAGGAGUGUGGCUGCGGUAAACAGAGCUAUUAUAAUAAAGAGAAAGGCGUAAAAAAGCAAGAGAAAUUAAAGAGCCAUCUUCACCCAUUCAAGGAGGCUGCCCAGGAAGUAGACAGCAAACUGCAGCUUUUCAAGGAGAAUCGUCGGAGGAAGAAGGAGAGGAAGGAGAAGAAACGCCAGAGGAAGGGAGAGGAGUGCAGCCUGCCUGGCCUCACCUGCUUCACGCACGACAACAACCACUGGCAGACGGCCCCGUUCUGGAACCUGGGAUCGUUCUGUGCUUGCACGAGUUCUAACAAUAACACCUACUGGUGUUUGCGUACAGUCAAUGAGACACAUAACUUUCUCUUCUGCGAGUUCGCCACUGGCUUUUUGGAGUAUUUCGACAUGAACACAGAUCCUUAUCAGCUCACAAACACAGUGCACACAGUAGAACGGGGAGUUUUGAAUCAGCUGCAUGUACAACUGAUGGAGCUCCGAAGUUGUCAAGGGUACAAGCAAUGCAACCCAAGACCGAAGGGCCUUGACAUUGAGGACAAUUAUGGGAUGGAUGGGAAGGUUAGUCUUCCCAGUCUCCCUGCCAACACCGACUGGCAAGGUCUGGAGGAUUUAUACCGUGUGAAUGAAAGCAUCUACGAGGACAGACAGAACUAUAGACUUAGUCUGGCUGACUGGACUAAUUACUUGAAGGAUGUAGAUAGAGUAUUUGCACUGCUGAACAGUCACCACGGGCAAAAUAAAGCAAACAAGACUCAAGCUGCACAAAGCGAUGGGGCCCCGGUCGGCUCUGCUGAGCUGCCCGCGCCAGUGGAGAUGUCAGAUGCAGACCCAAGUCACACAGCGCCUCAUUUGACCUUGCCAGCCGACCUUCGAACCCUGCAUUUGGACCAGCCAACAUUAAACCCAGAGGGUAAACUUGAAUGGAAUAACGACAUUCCAGAAGCGAGUCCUUUGAAUUCUGAACACUGGAGCAAUCGUCAAACUGAAAACUGGGUGGAGCAUGAAGACAUCAGUCAUCUUGAGACCGGGGCCAGUGGCAAUGGCUUGACAGAGCUGAUGCUCCAGCCCGGCCCCAGGCUGCAGCCACUUAGUGGGUAUAAGAAAGACCCUCCCCAGGAGGGUGGCCCAGAAGAUGAUGUUUUUGAAGAUCAGCUGUAUCUUCCUGUGCAUUUUGAUAGAACCCUUGUCCAUCAGACCGUCAAUGCAGCCACCAUGGAGCAACCUAUGAAUUCCAGCCUAGUGGAGAGGAUGUUGACCACAGUGGAGAAGAAUUCCACCAUGGACAGCUCACCGCAUCUGGAAGGCAGUGCCUCCUCUCCACUCUUCUCUGGUUAGAUGAAAUUAUGACCUUCCCCUAAACACAGUAUUUCCUUUUCACUUUUUAUUAGUAAACUGAUAGCAGCAAUCAUUACUGCCAACAUUCCUAGCUACCCUGAGUCCAUUUGUGCCACAAAAUUAAGGCACAUGUGAGCAAACGAGAUGCACACAUGGACUCAUUGUUGUAGUUCACUAUUUGCCAAGAGUAGAAAGAAAGGGUGGGAGGUUUUUGUUUUGUUUGUGUUGUUCGGUACUAAAACAGUAUUAUCUUUUGAACAUUGUAGGGACAUAUAUAUACACAACAUAUAUAUAUGUUGUCCAAUCAAGAUGGCUAGAAUUGUGCCUUUCCAAGUUUCUAAAACUUGACAUCCUCUGUGAAUUUUUCAACAUACACUUUCACUGCCUGCAGGAUGAAGUUUUGAGUCCAUUGUAACCACUGGAAGUUUUCAGUGCCAUUAUUUUUGAUUCAGUGAUUUUGCACUUUGAGAUUGAAAUGCCGUACCUAUUGGGUGAGUCUUACCAUUUUUUGCAGGCUGAUCACCAUCGUGUUGCUUGCUCUGCCUGUGACCAAGUCAAAUAGAACCUCAAGGAUGACACACAGUAUGGAACACAUAUUGUUGAAUACACGCUUUGCCAGAAAAUAUUGCAUGUGUUUUACCUCGACUUUGCUAAAACUGAUUAGCAGAAAGGCAUGGCUAAUAAUGUUGGUGGUCAAAACAAAUAAAUAAAUAAGUGGACAAAACAAAGAUUGCCUGCUCUGUCUAUGCCUAGUCGCAAGUUGUUCAUCCCGUUACUUAAGACUGCUAAAUCUAGAUUCUUUUCUUGCCAAGAGAAAGAGGACUGAAGACCUUUUAUUUUCAUCUUUAAUUUUGUUUUCUUGGCCUGGUUAAUAAGCUUAAGUGUUGAGAAAACAUGUUUUGCUUUGAAUUUAUAUAAAGAGUUUCUUUCAGCAAAAUCAAAUCAUGAAUGUUUCAUAAUUAAACCAACCAUAAGGGAGCUUCAUUUCGUAACAUUGUGUUGUAAGAAUAUUUUUAAGGUCUUCUCCAUGUUUUGAGAGUUCAAAAGGACAUAAUUCAAAACUGUAUUUGAAAAUCUGUAUUCCUGCAAAUAUUCUUGUUUUGUAUUAUUAGAGUUUUAAAUAACAGCAAAAGGAUUACCUCAUUGAGAGUACCCUAUUCAACUAACUUCCCAAAAAGAUUUUUUUGCUUAACCUAACAGUGGUUUUUAUUUUUAGAUCAUUCAAGUGCUUAGGUAAAUUAUGCUUUCCUCAAGUGUUAAGGUAAACUCUUCUAAAGGAAAUUUAAUAUGUUCUAGUUGACUCUUUGGUAACUUUAAGGUUUUAUCACAGACUGUACAUAUGUUAAAAUUAACUAGCUCUUUAUCAGAUGUGUGUGUCACCGGCUGAAUGACAGAAUAAACAUAUUUAUGGUCGUGAAUGAUGUGCUUUGUAAAAAGAUUUCAAGUUAUUAGGAAGCAUACUGUGUUUUUUUAAAAUCUUGUAUAAUACUCUGUAAUACUUUUAUAGAACAAUUCUGGCUUCAGGAAAGUCCAGAAGCAAUAUUUCUUGAAAUAAAAGGUGUUUAAACUACCUGUUUCAGAGAA